AUGAACGUGGAGGAGGAGGUCGGGAGGCUCAAAGAGGAGAUCCAGAGGCUCGGCCAGCAGCAGCCCGAUGGCUCCUACAAGAAUUUUAUUGUUUCUGUACUAUACCUUGUGAAUGUGCACAGAGGAUAUCAAUACCGUGUUACUGAGCUAUCGGUUCAUGAGGUCAAGUUUGGUGUCCUCUUCAACGAUGAUCGGUGUGCAAAUAUUUUUGAAGCACUAGUUGGCACCUUGAGGGCCGCCAAGAAGAGGAAGGUUUUGACCUAUGAUGGUGAGCUGCUUCUGCAAGGUGUUCAUGACAAUGUGGAGAUUACCCUGUUGCCUCCACCCGCAGUUGCUGCCGCUUAA